CCACGGCGGCGCUCUGCGGAAAGGAGAUAAAAACGUGUGACAUGGAUUUCAAGCGGCCAAAUUAUGUCGGUGCUGAUGCUCCUGGCAGCGUGGAGCCGCCGUGGGUCCCACUGACAGCAAUGUAGAGGUGGUGCUGGCAGAGCCCAAGAACCCCUGCGGCAUGGAGGAGCUGUACAAGGAUGCCCCAAACCUACCUGUGGAUGUCACCAACUCACCCUCGACGAUGGCCAACAACAAGCUGGAAAAUGGGGUGGCCCAGCUGAUCACAGCAGAGGCUUGGAACAUCAACUCGGCCGACCUGAUGAAGAAAGCCCUUUCUCCGCUGGUGACAGUCCCCGCGCCCUCCAUCCUGACGCCACCGGCCGAGUCGCAGAGCGGGGUGGCCCUGAAGGUGGCGGCCACCGUGCUGCAGCCCAUCUGCCUGGGGGACAGCCCCGUGGUCCUGCCCAUCCACCUGCAGGUCGCCGGCAGUGCAGCCCCGCAGAUGCCAGCCACCAAUGCUGCCACCCCGUACGUGAUGACCACCCAGGGCCCCGUCCCGCUGCCCGUCCUCCUGGAGCAGCACGUCUUCCAGCACCUGAACUCGCCCCUGGUGCUGCCCCCGGGGGCUGCCUGCCCCGCCAGCCCCCUGCACGCCGGCCUCUUCCCCGGCACGGCCACCCCCGUUGGGCAGCCCCAGCUCCUGGACCCCAAGCCCUCCGGCCAGGCGCAGGAGCCCGUCCUGCCCCCCGUCUUUCAGACACCGGGAUUCGCCGCCGUCCUUCAGGACCUGUUUCCCCCACAGGGCGCCCUGGGCUCAGCCCCCUGUCAGCCGCCUCCCGACUACGCCACCCUCCCACCCCAGGCCUUCAGUGCCCACCCCGCGCCGGACAAGCUCCCCGGGCCGGCCGCCCCCUUCGCACCCUGCAAGCCCCCCGAGGCCGCGGGCAAGGCGGAGGGCAGGGCCGCGGGCGGCGCGGCCGAGCUGCUGAGGCAGCCGCAGAAGUGGCUGGUGGAACAGGCGGGCAGGGCGGGCUGCGAGCCCAAGGCCGGCAACAACAUCGAGAUCGUCAGCACCUCGCAGACAGCCAAAGUCAUCGUCUCCGUCAAGGAUGCCGUGCCCACCAUCUUCUGCGGCAAGAUCAAGGGCCUGUCGGGGGUCUCCACCAAAAACUUUUCCUUCAAAAGGGACCUGCCCCAGGACUCGGUGCUGCAGUGCUACGAUGUGAAGAGCCCGCCCGAGCCCCGGGACAGCGCCGAGGCCCUCAGGAAACCCGUCAAAAACAGGAGCGUAAAGCUAAAGAAAAUGAACUCGCCGGAGAUACAUAUUCUUCCAAUCAAGAAGCAACGGCUGGCUGCCUUUUUUCCAAGAAAGUAAAUUAUGGGUUUUUAGAAUUUUAAGAUUAUUAUGAGAAGAAGAAGAAAAAAAUAAUAAAAAAGAUGCACUCGGUUUUAAACUCAUUUAAAACUUUAAACUAUCUUUGUAAGUUAUUUUUGGGGGAAGAGGGAGAGGAUUGGAUGUAGAGUCCCUAUAAGCUGGGUUGGUUUGGUUUUUUCUUUUGUUUUCGUUUUUUUCUUUUUUUUUGUUACCCAAUUUUGACUUUUCAUGGGAAACUGAAUAAAAAGCAACCUAUUUUUCAAGCAGAUUGCACAUUUUGCAGCUUUAAUGGAGUAAUGGAUGAGUCAGAGGGGUAAGAGCUAUUUUCACUGCCAUAAAGUGCUUUGAUGAUGUAACUCUUCAUAACAGUCGGAAUGGAAAUUUCAAAAUAAAUGUUUGUACGUGCUAAUUGGUUGAAGCAUUCUUUUCUCAUUUCCGAAUCGCUUUCAGUCUACACAGAGGGUUGUGCAAAAAGUCUGUAAGCUGUAAAGUGCCUCAACUGACUUGUGAUGAGCCUAAAAUGUUAAAAAAAAAAAAAA